AUGAGGCCGAUCCCGAUCUCGUUUCUCGUCAUUCUCUUCAUAUUUCCGGCCGCAUUAGGACAGCUCGAAUUUGGAUUCUACGACCGUACAUGCCCUCAGGCCGAAUCCAUAAUCGCAACUGUCGUGAGCAGUUUCAGCAGUGACCGAUCCAUCACCGCCGCUCUGCUUCGUAUGCACUUCCAUGACUGCUUCGUCACGGGUUGUGAUGCUUCCCUUCUCAUCGAUUCAAUACCCGGAAGGCCAUCCGAGAAGGACGCGGGACCGAACUUAAGCGUCAGAGGUUACGAAAUAAUCGAUGAGGCCAAAAGACAGCUCGAGGCCAAGUGUCCGGCCACCGUUUCGUGCUCUGACAUCAUCGCUCUCGCCACGAGAGAUUCCGUGAAAUUAGCAGGCGGUCCAACCUACCUUGUGCCAACCGGAAGACGUGACGGUUUCACCUCAAACCCGGAGGUCGUCGAUUUGCCGGGUCCCACCAUUCCAUAUAUAUAUAUAUAUAUAUAUCUUUUGACUCCACUCACAGUGGACAACGGACUCUACAUAGAGAGUCUAAGGCAAAGGGCGAUCUUAAGGAUCGAUCAGAGCCUUGCUCUUGAUGUAUCAACCCGGGCUUUCGUGCUGAGUUUCGCCUCGAGCAACACGCUCUUCGCUCGAAGAUUCACCCAAGCCAUGGUGAAGAUGGGCACGAUUGGUGUUCUUACUGGUAACGAGGGCGAGAUCAGGAGGAGCUGCAGAGUUUUCAACAGAGAUGGUUGA